AUGUCGAGCGACACCCUUACCUGGCUGCUGACCAAGAACACGUCGUCCUUCCUCGUGAAGCGCAACGGCAACGAGUUCGCGCGCGAGAAGUUCAACCUGCUCAACCGCAACUGCCGCAAGUACUCGGGCCUGGCCGCCACCAAGGCCGUGGACGUCUCGAUCGCGGACAAGAAGGUGACCCUCUCGACCAAGAUCGAGAAGGCCGCCAAGAAGCCCGUCAAGGCCGUGAACGCCGUGCCCCUCCGCAAGGGCGCCCGCGGUGGUGCCAACACCAUCCGCGCCAACAUCUCGCGCAACUACUACCGCCGCGACCUGAAGAAGGCCGCCCUGGCCAAGUGGUCGCGUCUGUCCACGGUCGCCAAGGUCGAGAAGGGUGUGCUUCAGAAGAAGGCCAUCCGCAGCCGUCGCAUCAAGGCUUAA